CAGUGAGGUUAAUUUUUUCUUUUUUUUUUGUUAUACAAUUAAAAAAGGCUUUCUAUAUUUGAAAGAAUUUAACAAUUUUUUUUUUCAAAAAUAAAAACAUUACCAAAUAGCUCAGAUCACUUCAUAAAUCACAUACUAUAGCAGUCUCCAAUUCAAACUCAACCUUACAGUAACUAACUAGCAUCAAUAUUUCCGAUUUUCCAUGUGGUUUUGUCCCAUAUUAUAUAACUGAAAUUCAAACGUUGCUAAGUGCAACUCUCACUUUUAUCUUUCUUUACCUUUUGUCUUAUUCUAUCAUUCAUCAUGAAACUGCAGAAUCUCUCAUCAUUGCUAUCAACACCAAUAUUCUUUGGAAUACCAUUAUGGGUUUUGCUUGUAUCUUCCAUUGCAGCAUUCAUUCUUACAGUAUGUAUAAUCAUAUGCAUCUGCUGCAUACACUAUCAUCCUCGUCGUCGAGAAUCCUACCAAGCACGUUUCUCUUUAUCCAAAUCAGAUGUCUGCAGGCGCCUCAGUAGUGUUCUUCAUAGAUCUUCAUCCCUUGACAAAUAUAGAUCAUUGUUGCUUUCAUCAGCAUCAUGCAACUUUUCAGAACUUGAGAAGAACUCUGAGUAUUUAUCAACUGAAGAUGAUCUUGAUGGUCAUGAUGGUGCUGAGUUACUCCAAUCUGACUCACCAGAGUUCAAAGGAGUUAUGUGUCAGCACUUUCAGGUAGAGGAGUUAGAGGAUGCUACAAAUGGAUUUGCUGAAAGAAAUGUGAUUGAAAGUGGGGACAAUGGAACAGUUUAUAGAGGUCUGUUAGCUACUAAUAUGAAGGUGGUUGUGAAGAAGCUACCUUGUCACAGUUGCCAACCUGAGGAGUCUUUUGCUUCACAAGUGGAGUUAACUGCACGUGCCAAGCACAAGAGGCUUGUGAAAUUGAUAGGAUACUCUACUAAUAGAACUUGCAGGCUGUUAGUAUCUGAAUAUAUAGAUAAUGGAAAUCUGCAUAAAUGGCUUCAUGAAUUUCAAGGAUCACUGAGCCCUCUAACAUGGUCUAUCAGAUUGCACAUUCUACAAGCUGUUGCAAAUGGAAUUGCAUACCUUCAUGAGGAAGUUGAACCAAAGAUUAUCCAUGGCAGCAUAAAAUCUAAGAAUAUAUUACUUGACCAACAAUGGAAUCCUAAGAUCUCUGAUUUUGGCCUUUUUAAGCUUCAAAGUUCUAACUCUAGUCACUCUAUGAGUAACUUCACUGAGAGUAAUGACAUUUAUGAUUUCGGAAUACUUAUAAUGGAGAUUAUAUCAGGAAGGAUUCCAUUUCCAUCACAUCACAGUCAACCACAGGCCUAUAUAGUGGACUGGUUCAAGUCAAUGAUUUCCAAUGGCAAGAUUUCGGACUUGGUUGAUCCGAAAUUGCCCAAAAAGCCUUCUUCCAUAGUUCUAAAGCGAAUUAUUUUGCUUGCUCUAUGGUGUGUAGAUCUUGAUAUGAAUCCAAAACUCAAAAUGGAAGAUGUUGUUCAAAUGCUUGAGUCCAACCAACUUCUUUUCUAUAAGGAACACCACAUUGCCAUGGAUUCUUUUGAGCAAAAUUUCACUCCAUAAAGCCACAAGAUUUGAGGAUACUUAUUCAAGUGAGAAAUAGAAGGCUAAGCAGCAGCAACCACUAGUAGAAAACGGCAUGAAAAUCACUGUAUUUUUUCAAUGUUUUCAAAUAAUUCUCAAUUUACUUCAGCUUAAGUCCAUGAUAAAGAUGUAUUUUGAGCUUAGAUCUUGAUUUGACUAAGAUGGGAAUAAUAUUUUCUUUCUAAUCU